GCCUUUAGAGGACGGCUGACAAUGUCUGACAUCACCACGGCGCAAGUUUGUUUGUUCCUGUGCUACAGUCUUCGUGUGUCGGACGGAGGAGAGGCGAGGGAGGCUGCGGAAGAGAGUGGAGGAACCCAAAGAGCGGCUUGAGGCGCAAGAAGGGAAAGGGAAGCGGCGCUUGACAACGCCAGAGAUACUCAGUUUUGCUAGGAUCAGAUCUGCUGGUAACAAUAAGACAGCCAUGACUUCUGCUCCAGUUGAUGGGAAAGUUCAGACCUCUUCAGCUGAACAAAAGACGCAGAGUCUGCUCCAGUGUCCAAUUUCAAAUGCAAAUAUUGAAGAGAUUGCAACAAUACGUCGUCAAUGUAGAGAGGAAAGCUUCUGGUACAGAGCUCUUCCUCUGUCUCUGGGAAGUAUGCUUGUCACUCAAGGACUAGUCGCCAACGGUUUUCUUAAACCAAACCCCAGACUUGGAUCACUCCCUAAAAUAGCACUUGCUGGUAUCCUGGGUUAUGCUCUUGGGACAAUGUCAUACAUAAGAACGUGUCAGAAGAAGUUUGAAAAUAUUGGCAUUCACCCAUUUGGCCCAGGAUGGAAACGGCAUUGUCCUCAUGUUUGCAAUGAAUGCAAAGCUAAGUUUGAAACAAGCAAGUUGGAAAAAAAAGAGGCUUCUGUUUCUUAAAUCAGAUAUUGAAAGAAACCAUUUUGUUAUAGCACCUGUAGUGCAGAAGCAAUGGCUUUUCUUUUCUUUGGUAACAUCUGUUCUCAUUCAAAUCUGUGGUAUGACUUAACGGGAUCUUUUAAAAAAUAAAAGCUACUUUUACUCUA